AUGGACCGCGACAAUGAUAGAGGCUUCCAAGUCCGGGGAGCUGCAAACAGGGGUGGCAACGCCAGUCGCCCUGAGCAGCGCUCGGGCGUUGAGCGAGGCACUGUUGACACGAACCAUAGGGCUUGGAAAGAAGACUACAACGAUGCUAUGCUGUCACGACGAUCACGUGUAGACGACUUGCCACGAUCUGAUCCACGGCGGCGAUCGGAGACCCAUCGCAGUGACGAUGCCUUGAGCCCCAGAUAUGAACGCGAGCCUGCUCGAAUGUUUGGAGAUAGGUAUAGACCCUCGCCGCGGUCACCCAUCUGGACACGCUCGCCUCCGGGCAUGCGGCACUCCUUCAGGCCUGAGAGACCCGAGGCCAGUACGUCUUAUGACAGCUAUAGACCGCCACGUGGUCCAUUGAGAACAGACUCUUUCGACCAUCACAAGGAGCCCCCGAAAGAGCCAUCCCCAGCUCACCGCUCUUCCCGAAUCAGCCAAGGACAGCGGUCUUCCGUCACGACCAUGGGCUCUCCCGAAAUCGAGUCCAAUGACCCGCGCGGACGACCGCUCUACGUGAACCCAACGUGGACUAAGCCUACUGCAUCUUCGACAACUAUAAUCCGUGCUAGAAACGAGGUCAAUGGAGUCAAAGAUGUUCCAAGCGGUCCUGCCGGGCCCGACGUGCAAACUGCCGAGACUGGCCACGGACCUCUCCCGGAACACGUCAGGCGCAGCCCACACAUCUACAUUUCAUCGCAGCAUCUCCCGGCAAAGGCCAAGACGAUAACACACUUGAAGAAUUACUUGAGGCAACAUCAGCCCGAGUUGGUGUCCAUGGACGACUCGGGUUAUUAUCUCAAGUUUCCCGAUUCCGAAAAGGGUAGAUCCAGGCUUGAGAUGUGUAGGAAGCUGUACGAUGGCAAAGUACUGUUCAGCUCGUAUACGCUAGUCAUGGAGACCUUCGUAGAUGGCCAGCGAAACGAGCAGCCAAUACUGGACAACGCCUUGCCGAAGCAUCCUCUCUUACCACCCCCAGAACAGGAUCAGCAGCACGAUCGCGGCGUGAUGCUGCCGAUCGAAGGUAGUCAGACACUGCCCAACGCUCGGACAAUAAAAGCGAAAGAUCGUCUAGAGAGCAGAUCUCCUACCACUCAUGAACUACAAAUAAUUGAUCCCCGACUGCGGAGUUGUGCCAACCUGGUCUCCAUGCCAGAUCCUGCUCAACCAGAACCACCCUUCGUGGCUCUUGAAGAUGUCGCACUCACGUCUACCUCGCGCUCAUCUCCACACCGCGGCCUUGCGAAAUCAUCUCACGAUGACGGUGCUUCUUCACGGUGCUGCAGGAGGAAGAUUCCACCAAAGCGAGUCUUGGACGAUGUUGUGGACGAGGGUGUUGCAGAAUCAUCAAUCGAACCUGGUCUCCCACCAGCGAAGAAGGUCAAAAUCACGACUGUCGAGCCCGUGUCAACAGUCGAUCACAACGCCACUUCCCUCAGCGCCGAUACACCAGCCAGUGGCCCAUGCCACGACAGUUCUACUGAGGAGCAAACACCUCUGGACAAGAUCGACGAAAAUCGCUUUCAUGAGACGCUCUUGACAACAAUUCGCUCAAACAUUGGCAAAGACGGCUUCAUCAUCCCGCAAGACAAGUCAGUAGAGGCAUUGAGCUCUGAGCAUUCCAAGCAGAUAGUCAAAGCUCUCAAUGCGCAUCCGAGCCUGGAUGGUCCGCUGCGUCGCAAGACCUCCAAUAUGAUCGACCGGCGUCUUGCAACAAACACAAUAACACUGAAGGAGCUGCUCCGUGGCGGAUCCACCGUCGACAUGCUUAUCACCUCAAGUUCCAGGGCGGUGGAGGGCAAGUACCUGCCAGAAUUCCCUCGUACCACCGUCAGGGCAGAUGGAGGUGACGCCACCGAUACUGUUGGUGCUAACAUCGAAGAGCAACCAAAGACAGGGGCAAGCAACACAGUGGCGGUGCCUGCUCCAGAUCAACGACAGACUCCGACUGAUCAAGUACCUGCAGUAGCACCGCUCGCGGCACCGACUUCCGAGGCUGAUGAUUUGGUGGAACAGAGUUUCGCAACCAGUACUGGCCAAGAGAAGGCGGCUCCCUCCGACAUGUCAAAGACGGCUCCCAAGCUUAGCCUGGUACGCAGAAAGGCAAGACCGGAAGCCCUCGACUCUUGUUCGGCUCCCGUCAAUCGCGAGGUACCAGAUGAAACUGCCGGAGGCGAUACCACCACACAUGAUCACGCUGCGUCUGCGACUGCGACUAGUGCAAGUGCGCCACGACUAUCGGAGGUGCCAAUAGGUAGCAAAGAGCGGCGAAGCCAGGACUCACUCAUACCGAUCAAUGAGCAAGUAAGUCUCGAGACAACGAUUGUGCCGCAGAUGAUCACAGGAGUCAAAAAUGGUCACGGUAAACGCGAUAGCACUGCCUCUAUAUCAUCGACUUCUGGACUUCCGAAACGCAUCAAACCUCAGCCCACCAAGCUUGUCCGUGUCGACUGCGCCGGGUGCGGGAGAGUCAAGGUACCACGCCAUCCCUCGGGCAGAAUGUUAUGCGUGCAGUGUAUGCAAGACAAGGCAUCAGUAGCGCCCGCUGAUCCUAGUGUCGGUGGCCCCGAGUUGACCAGUAGACCAGUAGAGAAGACUCCGGAAAACACAUUGAAGGAGGCACAAGUCAAUGUCUCCAGUAAUACCGUAAUGCCAGUGGACAUGACGGCAGGGCAUACUACCGUAGAGACUGAAGCUGCGGAGAUUGAACCGCGUCACGAUGGUCAAUUGGUCUCGGAGGCUACAUGUGCGGAUUGCAAGAGACGUCACAGACGGUGCGAUCAUCGUAAGAGGCCGCAGGUGAGCACGACAUGCGAGGACUGUCGCAAGCGCCACAACCGUUGCGAACAUGGUACCAGCAACAACGAGGACGACGAUCUGGACUUCUGGUCUUCCAAAACCACAUCGACAUGUGAGCGGUGUGGUGCUGCUCACGAUCCGACCGACUGUCCUGUGCAGAGCGUUCCGGUUGCAGAGACCUUGUCGGCAUCAGACCAACUCUUCGCGGUCAUAGAAAGCUCGCAAGAGAAGGGGCUUUGGGCCAAGGGCACCAAGUCGGACCGCACUGAGGUCAAUACGCAUGCAGAGGAGGGUCAUGCUGCUGAAAACAAUACUCAACCUACAAGUCGCAAGGAUACCGCCCAGGUAGAGGUCGAACCCAUUCCGUCUCCUUCAGAGUCUCGACGAGCAGGCCUCAAGCGUAAGAGCCAACAUCGCGCUGCUGUCGAUGCGAAUGACCUAGGUGACUUGAAGUCGAGACCUAACGGUACUUUCUGCCGCUUGAUUGGAAUGGCGCUUCUCGAAGCCCCUGGUAAUCGACUCGAUCCUGCCGGUGUUGCGAGUUGGGUGGCUGAGAACAUUCCUGGAUACAGCAAACGGGUAGGCAGGUGGGAGAACGGGAUCAAGGCCACGAUGAUCAUGAACGCUAAGACCCAGAACUCUUCAUCACGUGCAGAGAGAUUAGAAGUUGACGGUCGAACCUGGUACCAGAUGCUCCCACAUUUGAUCGACACUCACGAGAGGUGGAAUCGCGAGCUACAAAGACCUGUGAAGCCUAACGGCGUGCGCCAAACUUCGCAGCUCAGCGCCAAAGGUAUGAUGGAUGUUGAAGAGAGCGACCUCGAAGAAGCGCCGACGCUACCGAGACCACCACGCAAAUCGUUGCAGGCGAAGACCACCAUGCGGGCUGGCGCACGCCAAUCGCGCAACAGUCAGUCCGUCACUGAAGGCGCAACGGACGUGGAUCCGGAUGAGCAGACCAUCCCGAAGAUUGUAAAGAUCGGCCUGCCGCACGACAGCUCAGAAGACGAGCCACUAGCGGCCCAGCAGAAAGUUGCAUGCACUGCUGCGAAGGCGCCCAUGGCCUCCUUCGAGUCUUCACUGGCCCUCGACGCCACCGGGAUCGCACGGCUUGAUGGAAUGCCUCUCGAGUCCUUCGAUAACACACUAGGCAUGCAACCUGGCGGGGUUCAAGCCGUGGGACGUGCAUUUCUACCCAAACAAUCUCACGCGGGUCACCUGCCAGAUGAGCUACUGCUUCGUGCUCUGAUUUACGAGGAGCUUGAAACUCGAGACUAUUCUGUAAGAUCUCUGGAGGAUGACUGGCCUGAGCUUCAUCCGGACUUUCAGUUCGACAAGAACGCCAAAACGGCGGAGAUCAAAACCCGUCCACGACGAAAGCAACUGAUCGGUAAGCCACCUAUGGAUGGCACUGUGAACGACCUCAACGCCUGGCAAAGCUACAGGCGUGAACCUUUCACGGUAUUGCGCCAUGAUCCCUUCCCAAGUGCAGUCAAUGAUGAAGAGGAGGACGGCACGCGAUCGAAGCGCUGCAGGACUCUGGAGGACUUCCUUGCCGUUCCGGAUGAUUUGGAGCCGCAUAUCCUGGACGAACAGCUGGUAUACAGACAUCGCAAUAGUCGUGUUCGUACGGUGUACAAGACUGGCAUAUGA